GUAUGUCAAAUGUCAAUACAAGUAGUUAUCUAUUGUGAUUUGUGAGUUAAGACAUCGAAGAAUCAUAAAUAAUUAAUAAAUCUUCGCCUCACAGCCACGGAUAUUUGAAUUUUGACGUAUAUAUCCGUAUUAGUUAACUAGUCUAAUUUGCUAUUUUCUAGUCGCAUCUAACUAAAGAUUUACUGUGAUGUUGAUUUUACGGUGAUGUUAGUCACGUUUACUCUUUUCUUAACAAUAAAUUCAUAACAAAAAGAGCAAACAAUAACUGUAAUAUAAUAUUAUCUUAAGUACAGUACACGCGUAAAGGUGCGCUUAGAUAAUAAUUUAUAUUAAGAAGUUCAACCGUUGCUAAAAUCUCUGGACUAUUAGGUAAUAAUGACGAUUAAUGCACUAUGUCCGAGGGCGAUACGAUAUGCUGUUAUAAAUAUUUCCCAAAAUGUACAAAUUCAAUCAUGUUUACGAAGAAAUAUUACUAGCUUAUCUGCAAGUAAGGCAAAUACAACAGUUGAUAAGGAAGAUGUGGAAAGACACGGCAAACACAUGAAUGCCUGGUGGGAUCCCAAAGGCAAGCUGGGCAUUCUUCACUCUUUUAAUAUGCUGAGAGUUCCAUUAGUAAGAGAUGGUCUUGUUAGUGAGCCAGAGAAAGAGAAAACUCUUACACCUUUGGCCAAUAAGACUAUUCUAGAUGUUGGCUGUGGUGGAGGAAUACUAUCAGAGGCUUUGGCGAGAAUAGGCGGCAUCGUUACGGGAGUGGACGCCAGCAAAGAUUUAAUCGAGUGUGCCAAACAACACAGUGACCUCGACGAGAAGAUUGCCCACAAUAAGCCCACAUACUUCUGCUCCACCAUCGAGGACCACGCCGAGGAAUACUCGAACCACUACGACGCGGUGGUGGCCUCUGAGAUCAUCGAGCACGUGGCCGACAAGGAGCUAUUCGUACAGGCGUGCGUGACCUGUCUCAAGCCCGGAGGCCGCAUCUUCGUCACCACGCCCAAUAGGAGCCCCCGUACCCGGCUGCUGGGCAUCUACGUGGCCGAGUACGUGAUGGGCGCGGUGCCCAAGGGCACGCAUCAGUACCACAAGCUCACCACGCCCAACGAGGUCUCUUUUCUGCUCGAGAGAAAUAGCUGUCACGUCGAGCUGAUUCACGGCAUGAUGUACAAUCCCUUUUCGAAAAAGUGGUCUUGGGUUGAUUCUACGAAGCUCAUGUUCGCCAUGCAAGCGAUCAAGUUAGAAACCGAACACAAAUAAAGUCCUACAACUGUUUUUGUCCUAUUACAAUAAUAAAGUUGUUGCUGUUA